UUAAUUUUCAAAUACAAUUUUAGGACUUAUCUUGGUCAAAGAUAUCUCUGAAGUGAUGGUCUUGAAGUAGUUAACUUGUGUGAUAGCGGGUAUAGCUGUGUUUGUACAAGGUAUUUCUGGAUUAAAUACCAAACCAACAAGAUGAUACUAGAAAUUGUACUACUUGUAGUCACUGGAAUCGUUCUGCACUUCCUCAUCACUCGCCUCAGAGAGCCACCUCAUAUGCCUCCAGGACCUCGCCCUUUACCUCUGGUUGGUAACCUCUUAGACGUCAUGAGUUCUAUGCCAUACAUGCAUCUGGCGUUUUGUGAUCUAAGGCGAAAGUAUGGCGAUAUCUUUACGGUCUACCUACAGGGACAGCGAGCAGUUGUUAUAAAUUCAGCGGAGAUUGCACGUGAAGCACUACUGACGAAGAAAGACGACUUUGCGGGAAGACCGUACGUGUUCACCGGCGAUUACGUAACCCGUCAUUCUAAGGAUAUUGUGUUUGGUGAUUAUUCUGAGCGACUGAAACUGCUGAGAAAAAUCGGCAGCAAAGCACUACGUCUCUUCAGCCCACAAGUACAAGACGUCGUACAGACUGAACUAAAUGAUCUUGUGGAGAGAAUGAAUGCGUAUGGGUCGAACCCUGCCAACCUCAAGAACGACAUCCAGCUAUCCAUCAUGAACGUCAUCUGCGCCAUGCUGUUUGGUCAGCGGUAUAGCGUCGAGGACCCGGAGUUUCUAAAGUGCGUGUAUUUUACGGACACCGCGUGUAGAGUGGGAGAAACGACGAGCAUACUCGGGUUGUUUCCGUGGUUGAUCCACUUCCCAAUCCAGGCGGUGAGAGACAUUAAUAAAUGCUGUGAAAUUAAAGACAAAAUUCUCAACCGCAAAUACCACGAACACCUCGCCACUUUGAAGGAGGGCAAGACAGGUGACCUGACACAUGCGCUGCUGACAGCCAAACUAGACGAAGAGAAGACGGAUAUGAAAUCUGAUGACGUCAUCGAAGAUGAUCACGUGAUCAUGACCAUGCAAGACGUGUUUAUUGCAGGUAACGAGACAAUCACCACAACCAUUCUGUGGACGUUGGUGCAUUUGGUGACGCACCCCAAAAUCCAAGCCAAAAUUCAUGCCCAGUUGGAUGAAGUGGUGGGAUUUGAUCGAAAACCAGAGCUCAAAGACAAAGAAAACCUUCCCUAUGUGGAGGCAGUACUAGCCGAGACUUCGCGGCUAUCAAGCGUGGCUCCUCUCUCUAUUCCCCACAAGGCAACGAAGGACACGUCUCUUCAAGGCUACACCAUCCCCAAAGACACUGUCGUUUUCUUAAACCUCUGGGCCAUCCAUCACGACGAGAAACAAUGGAAAGAUCCUAUGGAGUUUGUUCCUGAAAGGUUUCUUGACUCUGAUGGGAAGAUGCGAGAAACGAGUAAGCUUAGUUACAUGCCGUUUAGUGCUGGACGAAGGGUUUGUCUUGGCAAAGCGCUGGCGAGACAGGAAAUGUUCCUCUUCAUCUGUGGCCUACUCCAGCAAUUUGAAUUUAAGGCGCCAACGGAACCGUUCAAAGAACCAGCAGGAAAAGAUGGCAUCGUGCGUACGCCCCUUCCCUUUGAAGUGUGUAUGAGAAAGAGGAAUGUUGAUGCUGCAUAGUAACGGUGUUGUUUGCAACUGAAGUUAAUAUUACACUCAAUAGAUAAUAAUACUUAGAAUCUUCAUUUAAAAGGAUAGAAUGCAUCUGAGGAACUCAUACAGAGGAAAUGACACCCUUCACCUUUUACGUUGGCGAGUGUCUGUGUGUGUGCAUGUGAUAG